AUGGUUAACAAGCCCAUACGGUGUGCGAGCAAGGCCGCCAAGAGCGCGUCCCCUGUGUCACCUGGUGAUGCAGGCGCUGGUCAUGAAGACACUCGUGUCUUCACAGAGUACGAGCUCGGUGUCUCGUACUCUCCUGAUACGGAUGACGGAUCCGUAUCGACGGCGGUCGAAUCCAAGCCGCCUGCCAAGCGUGGCAUGGAUGAUGCUAUGCGUCGUAGCAUCUUUGGUUCAUCUGACGAAUCAGAUGAACCAUCGCCGAAGCGAAGGCGCUCGGGGUCGCAAGACUAG